AUGACAGACCGAGACAGACAGGAGGGGUGCACACGGUGGAGGCAGAUGUCAUCUUUCACCACACCCGUCUGCUCCGACCUCCUCUCCUCCCCCUCGUAUGAGGACGGGGGUGUCUGUCCCCUCCCAAGGAAGCAGGAGGGGAACACUAAUGCUCCAGACCUGGGAUUCGUACUGGACAACCAGGAAUUCUGUCAACAGAACACACCAGUUACAAAGGAGUACAUGUUGGAUGGUGGUACGGUGAUUGGGCAUCAUCACUUUGACCGUCCACAGGGUGAUGGAUCACAUAUCUCAAAUACAGAUCAGUUUCACAUUACUGAUAUUUCUCAUCAAGCACAUACAUCUCACAUACCCAAGCUUGAUGCUGGUAAAGACCAGAACUGUACUCAUGGCAGAAAUGGUAUCAGUGAGGAUAUGAAUGGAGCGAGGGCAAAAGUGCCCUGCAAUGUGGGUCCUUCUCUAUGCUUCAAGGGAGAUGCCAGAGAGGAAGUGGAAGGGUCCCUGACCCUCUGCAGAGAGAGCAUAGUGAGGAGUCAGUGUCAUAUCACAAAUGUCACCGCCUCCCCGGAGCAGGGGACCGCUGCGCCUGACACUCAUUGUAUCACCGUGGGCAACCAGCCAACCGUACAAGAGCUGGGGCGCUUCUUCAGCCACAGCUCUCCCACAGAAUAUGACACAUUGUGUGGACAGUCAGGGCUUGAGUCGAGCCAAGGUUCCAGGGGCAGUAGUGGCCAUGGUGGGGUCAGUAACACAAUGCCUAAAGAGGAACCAGAUUUAGUGAUCGAAGUCGGUGGCCAGAAAAUCAGUGUUCACAAGUCUGUUCUGGCAGGGAAAAGUGACUAUUUCAAGGCUCGUCAGUCAAGAGACAUCCUGAAAGUGAAAGGGCUGAACUACAAGACCCUGACCAUCCUGAUAGACUAUAUCUACACCUCUCGGAUGAAUAUACACAAGGGCAAUGUGGUAGAGGUGAUCACAGGAGCUAAGAUCUUACAGAUCCCAUGUGCCGUCCAAGCUGCUAUGGACACCAUGUCAGAGCAGGUCACAGCAGAGAACUGUUACGAGAUUCUAACUAUCGCCAAGAAGCAACGACUCAACGAACUGAAAGAGACGGCCUAUCGCUUCAUGAGUGACAACUUCCUCCAGAUCCUGCAGGACCCAGCGGUGUACGGGCGUCUGACGGGGUCGGAGAGGGAUCUGGUCCUGAAGAAGAGAAUGGAGGGGAAGAGGUCCCUGAUGGUCGCUGAGAUCAACGAUGUGUUUGACCGUGUCGGGAGCCGACCUCAGAGUCGGUGUAACAGUCGACCACAGAGCCCUCUGUCCGUGGCAUCCUUCGAGGAGAACCACAUGAUUUACUACUUCAACGAGGCAGCCAAUGACUGGAGACCUCUGACUCUGAUGCCAGAGGACAUUAACACUAAAGGCUGUGGGAUCUGCACCAUGUACAACUACCUGUUUGUGGCCGGUGGGAUAAAGGGAUUUGGGGAUAAGGGCAAGGUCUCAGACAAGGUAUUCUGUUACAACCCCAUCUCUAACCGCUGGAGCGAGGUUCGACCACUCAACCAGGCGCGGUCGCAGCUCAAGCUAGUGUCUAUGGAGGGUAACUUGUACGCCAUAGGAGGGGAGUGUUUGUUCACAGUAGAAAAAUACGAUCCUCGGACUGAUAGAUGGACCACUGUGGCUCCCUUACCCAAAGGGGUGUUCGCUGUGGCCCAUGAAGCCACCACCUGUAACGGAGAGCUCUACGUCUCUGGAGGGUCUCUGUUCUACCGUCUCCUAAAAUACCACCCUAAGAGGGACGAGUGGCAGGAGUGCCCCUACAACAACAGCAGGAAGAAGUCAACCGACAUGGUGGCUCUGAAAAACUUCAUCUACAGGUUUGACGUCAACCGUGACCAGGGGGUCACUGUGUUCAAGUACAACACCAUAGUGAAAAUGUGGCACGACUGCGCAUCGCAGUGGCAGGGCAGCCCUUUGCCGUUCAGGUGUGCCGUCAUCGGAAACUGCAUCUAUUGUGUGAACAAGACUCAGACUCUGCAGUUUGUAGUGGAGGAGGACGGCUCUUACUUUGUAGAGGAACCACUGAAGCCACCACUGGAAGCUAAGGGCAUACUGUUCCCUUUCAUCCUCAGUCUGCCUGAGAAGACUGACAGAUGA